AAAAAGGUGAGACAUCUCUUCUUACAUUCUUCCCUUCCUGCCCAUUGCAGAUUCCUCAGAGAGUUUUCCACUUUAUCUCAGAAAUAACAAUUCCAUCCAUGGGCAAAAUCAGUCCAAUAGUUCUACUAGUUAUAAUCAUCCUAGCAGUAAUCUUCUUUGUCUAUGGUUUGCUUCAUCUUCUCUUUAGAUAUUUCAUGAAGAUACCAUCUUUUUCAGCGGUUUCUCAAUCCAAUAGAAACAGAGAAACCUCAGGUUCCCAUGCUCUUCAAAGACAGCUGCAACAACUCUUUCAGAUGCAUGAUUCUGGCCUUGACCAAGCUCUUAUUGAUGCCUUGCCAAUCUUUUAUUACAAAGACAUUAUGGGAUUGAAGGAGCCAUUUGAUUGUGCUGUUUGCUUGUGUGAAUUUUCUGACCAAGAUAUGCUAAGAUUACUUCCCCUUUGCAGCCAUGCUUUUCAUCUAAAUUGCAUAGAUACUUGGUUACUAUCAAACUCUACCUGUCCAUUAUGUAGAAGUGUCAUUAGCUCCGGGACUCCCAUUGGAAAUAACCCUUUGUUUAAUUUUCAUGGAUCAAGAGAAAGAUCGAAUCGCUCUUUGGUGGACUCUGAGAAUGAGCACUAUUGCAACCACAAGCCAGAUAUUAUGCAAGAAAGCGCAAGCGAAAUGAGAGUUUUUUCUGUUAGGCUCGGCAAGUAUAGAAGCAUUAAUGAAGAGGGUAGGAAUGGAGACCAUAGAAGUGAUCAGAUGGAAAUGAUCAGUAGCUGCAACUUGGAUGGAAGGAGAUGCUACUCAAUGGGCACAUUUCAGUAUAUAGUUAAUUCUGAGAUGCAAGUGGCUUUAUCCGAUGGAGAUAGUCUGAAACUAAUCAAAGGUAGUGUUGAUCAAGGAAACUUUGCACCUGACAAUACGGAAAGAGAAGGAAAGAAGAUCUGUGCUAGGACUAGAAGGGAGAGCUUUUCUGUGUCCAAGAUAUGGCUUUGGUCCAAGGAGGAGAGUUCUCAAAGCUUAUCCGAAAACACAUUAAAUGUGAAUUCUUUUAAUGUUGAUAUGCCUAUGAUUGAAGGAACUCACUAAAUAUCUGCAUCAUCUUCUUGCUGCAUUUCAAUUUUAAAUAGA